UUAGCUACAACGCAGGGAUCAGCGCGUGCGAGAAGGGAGAGCAGUGGCAGCGGGCGCUGGGGUUGCUCCGUGAGAUGUGGGAGUCAAAGCUCGAGCCCGACGACUUCUACUCCAUAUGCUACAACGCUGGGAUCAGCGCGUGCGAGAAGGGCGGGCAGUGGCAACGGGCGCUGGGGCUGCUUCGCGAGAUGCGGGGGGCGAGGCUUGAUCCCGAUGGCAUCAGCUACAGCGCAGGGAUCAGCGCGUGCGAGAAAGUCAGCUACAACGCCGGCAUCAGCGCGUGCGAGAAGGGUGGGCAGUGGCAGCGUGCGCUGGCGCUGCUCAGUGAGAUGCGGAAGGUUAAGCUGGAACUCAACGUCAUCAGUUGCAGUGCCGGGAUAAGCGCGUGCGAGAAGGUCAUGCACUGGCAGUGGUCGCUGGCGCUGCUCCAUGAGAUGUGGGAGGCGAAGCUUGAGCCCAACAGCACCUUCACCUACAAUGCUGGGAUCAGCUCGUGCGAGAAGGGCGGUCAGUGGCAGCGGGCGCUAGGGCUGCUUCACGAAAUGUGGGAGGCGAAGCUGCGGCCCACCAUCAUAUCAGCUACAACGCUGGGAUCAGCGCGUGCGAGAAGGGCAAACAGUGGCAGCGGGCUGUGGUGCUGAUCAACGAGAUGCGAGAGGCGGAGCCCGAUUUCAUCAGCUACAGCUCAGGGAUAGAAGCGUGCGCAGCGGGGCAGCAAUGGCACUGGGGUUUCGCGCUGAUCAGCGAGAUGAGCGAGUCAAAACUCGAGCCCAACGUCCUCUCUGCUAUAAUCUGGGAUCUGCGCGUGCGAUGGAAGCAGGCAAGCGUUGCAGCUGGUGUCGUUGCUGGGCGAGUUGAGAGACGGUUUGAGGUCUCAGCGGAGUCUUCUCACACACAUUGUUGGACAACAUGCGACGCGAAGCCCCCACUGAAGUAGCAGCGGGCGUUGGUGUCACUCGGCGAGAUGUUGGAGGCGAAGUUUUAGUCCAGUGCCAUCAGCUUCGACGCUGUUUUUUUGUUCGACGCUGGGACCUGCGCGUCUGAGAAAGGAAAACAAUGGCAGCAAGGCUUGUCGCUGCUCAGCGAAUUCGGGAGACGAAGUUGGAUCCGCACGCAACAAGCUGCAGCCUUCCGAUCGGCGUUUUGCUGCGCAGAAGCGGUAUCGCAGACUAGGCCCAGAUCAGCACGGCCGAGGCAGACGAGCGGUCGCAGUCAGCGAAUCAUCUCGCUGCUCACCGAGAUGCGGGAUAUGCCGUUGCAGGCGAACGUCAUCAGCUACAGCGGUUCGAUCAUCACGCAGCGACAUCGCAGGCUACGCUCGGUUAGGGGACGCCGCAAGCCUAGGUACAAUCGAGAGGCUCUCGCUUCGAUGCUCUCUUCGUGCAUCCUUUGCCCCCGACCUCCCGCCCCCACCACGCUCGCCUUGGAG